CAAGCUUGGCUCUCACUUGCAUAAGAGCCGCACAUCUUCAACUGCGUGAAGUCUCAUCUCAGUUUGCCUCAUUCUCCACGAAACACGACCAUGGCCCGCAAAGCUGCUCAGAAACAGGCUCAAGCCGCGCCCCUUGACCGCUGUUCAAUCGCUACUUCCGGACGCUUCCCUGGCACAACACAAGCUGCCCUUCAAACACGCAUUACAGAUCUGGGCGGGACCAUUGUCUCAAAAGUCACGUAUGACACCACUUUGCUGAUUACUACCGACAAAGACUACGAAACCAGGUCAACAAAGGUCGCUGCCGCCAAAUCCAACGGAGUCCCCAUCGUCAGCAUCGAUUGGCUUGAUGAGACUGAAUCAUCAAAUGUCAAAGCAGAUGAAGAUCAGUAUUCACUGGACGCACCCAAAGCUUCUGCAGGAACUGUAGCGGCGAGCAACGGGAAGAAACGUGCCGCCUCAAAGACCGACUCCCCAGCACCAACUCAAGACGGUUCGCAGUCAAAGAAGCGGAAGACCCUCGAAGAAAACGCCAAGAUCAGCGACGUGAAAGUAGGCGAUGGCCAGAAUGCAAAGUCGAAGAAGAUUGUUGUUCCUCUCGACGAGUACUGUCCUUCUCCCUCGUACGAGGUAUACAUUGACGAUGAUGGCCUCAUCUGGGAUGCUUCUCUGAAUCAGACAAACGCAACAGCCAACAACAAUAAGUACUACAAGGUCCAACUGCUACGAAGCACAGACAGUUCACGCUUCCAGACAUGGACCCGCUGGGGUCGCGUUGGCGAGCCAGGUAAAUCGGCCAUGCUUGGCAAUGGCUCGCUGUCUGAUGCAAUCACGCAAUUUGAGAAGAAGUUCAAGGACAAGUCUGGUCUCAAGUGGGAAGACCGAGGGAACGAUCCCAAGAACGGCAAAUAUGCGUAUGUGGAGAAAAACUACAACCCUGACUCCGAUGAUGAGGAUGGCGAGGAUGAAGACGCCGCGAACGGUGUCGCGAAAGAUAAAAGCAGCCGCCCCGCUGUCGAAUCUCAGCUCACUAAACCAGUCCAGAAUCUGAUUGAGCUCAUAUUCAACCAGAAAUACCAACAAGACGCAUUGAACGAGAUGAAUUACGAUGCUGAGAAGAUGCCGCUGGGCAAGCUUAGCAAGGGCACUAUCAGUCGAGGUUUCCAGGCAUUAAAGGACCUGGCCGCUAUCAUUGACACUUCCGCAACAUCCCAGGAGAUUGAACAACUCUCAAAUCGAUACUAUUCCCUGAUUCCUCACGCUUUCGGACGCAGCCGGCCAAUAAUCAUCAACAACAACGAUCUUCUUAAGAGGGAGAUUGAUUUGCUGGAGAGUCUGUCCGACAUGAAGGCAGCUACUGACAUGCUCAAAGCUAGUCUCAAAGACGAUGGUCACCUGAGCGAACUCGACCGCAAGUUCCAGACCUUGGGGAUGGAUGAGAUGGAGGCGCUCAGCCCUAAGAGCUCCGAGUUCAGUGAGCUGUCCGACUACCUGCAAAGUUCCAAGGGAGCAACGCACAAUGUUAGAUACACCGUGCAAGACAUUUUCCGCAUCCAGCGCAAGGGUGAAUUUGAGCGAUUCAAUCAAAGCCCUUUUGCGAAGCUCUCAGGCAAUCGUCGGCUACUCUGGCAUGGUUCCCGAGUCACCAAUUUUGCAGGCAUUCUGAGUCAAGGCCUCCGCAUUGCACCACCCGAAGCUCCUGCCACCGGUUAUAUGUUCGGCAAGGGCAUCUAUCUUGCUGACAUGUCAAGCAAGUCAGCCAACUACUGCAACCACUACCAGUCUGGCGGUACUGCAUUGUUAUUGCUAUGCGAAGCAGAGCUGGGAGACCCUAUGCAUGAGCUCACGAGUGCUUCGUACAACGCUGGUGAAGAUGCUAAGGCGAGCGGAAAGUACAGUACUUGGGGCAAGGGUCGGGUAGGCCCAAGCCAGUGGAAAGAUGCGGGCUGUGUCCACCCGGCGUUGGCUGGAACUAUGAUGCCCGAUGUCAAGGUCACACCCGGUGAUACGAACGUUAGUGGGGCUUACCUCCAGUACAACGAGUACAUCACCUAUGAUGUCGCUCAGGUGCGUCUUCGCUACCUACUUCGCGUCCGUAUGUAAGGAUUGCGUACGGUGAUAUUUUCUAUGCUCCAUUCGGGCUCCUCAACGGCACACCUUCCAUUGCGACGUUUCCUCAUUCUAUUCUCGAUCCAUCUGCGCAGAGGAAAAUCACAUGGAGGACCUAUGGCAAAUCCUCUGUGAACAGUUCCCCUAUUAACCCCAAGUUCAUCGAAAAGGCGUCUAUGAAGGUAGCACCGAUACCCCGUGAUGAUAUUUUAGGUGCUUACAAUAAUCAAAAUGUUAGAAUCC